AUGACUGAAAGUGGUGGAGGAGGGAAGAAACUUCAAUGUAAUAAGGGGUGGAAUUAUCUGCAAGGUUACAAGAAACAAGUGGAAGAACAAGUAUCGGAAGUCAAGGAUAGAACAAAUUUAGCACAUGAUAUUUUACGUGUGGCAUGCUGCGUUCUUGGUGCCUAUGGUGAUAACCCUAAGGGAGGCGGAGGUUGUGAUUUACUAUAUUAUGUAUUAGGGAGUAUGGUAUACAGUGUGCUGGGUGAGGGCCUAUUUGAUACAAUUAUGAAUAAAUUAUACCCAUUAUUAGGGAAUAUCUUAGGUGAUGGAAAAUGCAGCGAAUGGAACCAUAGGAGUGGGAAGGAGUUGUUCAAACUAAUGGAUAAUUUGUCCUACUACAAUUUAGCACAAGAUAGCACUUUGGGACAACCGGAGGAAAGUGGAAAAAUUAGUUGUGAAAGAUAUACUAAUUAUUUAAAGGACCUUGGUAGAGCGUGUGCAGAGGUGAAGGAAUAUUGUGCAGAAUCCCAGAAUAAGAGCAUGUGUGACGGAAUUCCACUGGAACAAGGUGAACAGGGCAGUCCUGACUACUUAUUAGGGUUAAUAUAUGGCAUAAUUCCUGAGCUGGAGGCUACCUUAGAGGCCGAAAUGACCCAAGAAAAGCAGGAAUGUUUGAAGGAUUUACCUUCAGACAUGAAGCAUAGGACACUCAAUGAUAUCAAAAAUCAGUGUAAUGGUGGUAAUCAUUAUACCCUUGGAAAAAUGAAGGGAAUAUUAAGGGGAGUACUAGAUGAAUCUUGGUCUGCUGGGAAGUGCGCGAAUCAAAUUAUAAGGGGUGUAUGUUCUGCACGCGCAACCGAGGAAAGCAGUUCCUCCAGUGGUGAACGCUGCAUUCCCCUAUAUUAUUAUAUAGGAGGUGUAAUAUCUACCGUACCUGGUAGCGUCAAUAAUUUUUCCGCACUUAUGAAGGCGACCUACGAUGAAUUGGUGAAAUUUGGUAUUAAUAAUCAAUGCACUAAUCUGUACCAAGAAGACAACAUUGACAAAACCACCUUCGAUAACAUGAAAUUAAUAUAUGACUACACUAGGGACCACGAAAUUAUAAAACAAUAUGUGAAAAAUCCAUGGGGCGCUGGAUUUUCUUGUACUGAGUACUAUUCUAAAUAUGUGCAACAAGCAUAUAGAGCCUAUCACUAUAUGGAGCAAAAGUGUCCACAGCUGGAAGAUACGGAGAGUAGUGAUAAAAAGUGGUGUAAUGAUCUUAAGAGCACGCUUGCUCAGCAUAAGAAGGAAGAACUACUAAAAUUAGAGUCUUCCCUAAAAAACAUAUCCCCCCCGUCCACUACGGACUCUACCGCCGCGGUCACCACGGGCUCCGCCGUGGGUGGUACAUUAUUCGGAAUAGGAUUACCAGCAUUAGGCGCUUUUCUUUCUUACAAGUAUGAUCUUUUACCAUCUGGAAUACGUAAAUUCUUCUUAAGAGGCGGAAGUGGAACCAGAAUGAGAAGAUCAGCAUUCGGACCGAAUUCUGACGCGGAAAUGGAAAAUUUCACUGAAUAUUACACAGAAAACGGUUUAACAACAAUAGAUCCAACAGAAUAUUCCACAGUAGCAGGUUCAUCAUCUAAUUUAACAACAACUUCAACAGAGGACAGUUCUAUUUUAUAUAAUGAUGAUGGACCAUCGCGAUCACCACCAUCACCACCACCAUCGAGAAAAAGAAGGGGAGGAGGAAAUAAUAGAAGGGACCAAAAUAUUAGUUAUCAUAGUAUGGAACGUUGA